CACACCCAGUUCUGUGCGGCGCCUUGCGAAAGAACGAAAGAGAACUUGCGACUCUAACAGAAAAGGGAAAGAAAAACCACUGAAACAUAUUUCAGCAUUUUUUUUCCACUCCCAAAAAGUUUUUUUUUCAUUUGUUUAAAGGGUUAUUUUCCUCGCAUUUAACAAGAGGCGCCUUUUUCGAUAAGGAGUUGUAAGCUAACAGCGAGAGACAACGGCGCUGCAGAUCGCUGUAAGCUGAGGACCAGGCCGUGAUGGACAGGCUGACUUUGUCCCACAUAGAUGAGGGCCUAGACUCUUCUGAAGUGGCAGACCUUUGCUUCUUAUGCCGUGAUGUAGUCACCAGGAGACGCCUGGAGAACAUUAAGGAUGCGAAGGACUUGUUCUUGAGAUUAGAGGAAAAAGGUCUGCUGCAAAAUGAUGCCUUCCUCAGGCAGCUGCUCUAUACCAUCCAUCGAGCAGAUCUACUCAGGGUCUUGGAGACAGACAGCAGACCGCCAGAAGAAACAGAUGCUAGUCCUGUCCUCUCCGACUACAGGAAGACCCUGUAUUCUAUAUACAAUGACUUCACUACAGAGAACUUUGAAAAGCUGAAGUUUCUACUGACUAACAAGCUGGGCAGGAGACAAAUAGAAUUGUCCAAGACACCGCUGGACGUGUUUGCAGAAAUGGAAAAAGCUGAUUUACUAUCAGAGACAGAUGUUAGCUUGCUACAUGAAGCACUGCAAGAGUGUGAUCAACUACUGGCAAUUACUUUAGAGAAAUACAGACAAAGGGCCCGUCAGCCGCAGCAGCAGUUCACAUUAUCUCUUGACGUCAGCAUGGACAUUGAGAGUACCCAUGAGCCACUGUCUAUAACUGAAACUCAGCCCAACUAUCGAAGAGAUAGUAUUAAAACUGAUGCACAACUAGAAACAAAUCCCACCUCUCUUCCUGAUCAGUCAGAAUACUACACACUGACUCAUAAACCACGUGGUUGGUGCGUGGUCUUCAACAAUGAGAUCUUCACAGGAACACAUCUGACUGAUCGAAGAGGAACUCACAAAGAUGCAGAAGCUCUGACAAAAGUGUUCACUCGCUUAGGUUUUCAAAUGAAGAUAUACAACAACCUGACUGCAGAGGGGAUGAAAAAAGAAAUAAAUGAUCUUGUCAAAAAGAAUAAUUUCACGAAUCAUGAUGCCUUGGUGGUGUGCGUGCUUUCACACGGAGAAAAGGGGUGUGUCUUUGGCACUGAUGGGGAAAGGGUGCUCCUGAAAGAGCUGACACACCCCUUUACAAGUGGAAGAGCCCGAACCUUGGGAGGGAAGCCCAAACUCUUCUUCAUUCAAGCCUGUCAAGGUGAUGGAUACCAGAAAGGAUACCGUCCCAGCAGCUUGGGGCCCGGAGAGGACGAGAAGCAGAACAAAGAAACACUGCAAGCUGAUGCCUCAAACCCUGACGAGGCUUUGCCUGCAUCAGCAGACUUUCUGAUGGGCAUGGCCACAGUGGAGGAGUUCAAGUCAUUUCGAAACACACUCACAGGAUCUAUCUACAUCCAGGAGCUGUGCAGGCAGCUGGAAAUAGCAGCCGAAAGUAAGGAGAUGGAUGAUAUCCUCACUGUCCUGACACGUGUGAACAGGGAGGUCAGCAAAGGAGAUUUUUUAUCCUACAAACAAAUGCCGGAGCCCAAAUACACUCUCAGAAAGAAGCUCGUCCUCAAAUUUGUAUGAUCGGACUGUGACCAAAUACCACACUAUACAAUACUACACAGUUCCUGGAUUCAUGUUACAGUUAACACUGUGUUUGUGCGUGUGUGUUGAUAAAUGUGAUUUUUGUUUUUGUUUUUAACAAUUAACUGAACAAAGUAAUCCAUGGCAAAUAAACUGGUACAGGGGUAAUUAGAUGUAAUUCUGACUAUUUUUGUGUCAUUAUUCAAAUAUAAAUAAGGCUACGUCCACACUAGCCCGGAUAGAUUUGACAACGGUGUUUUCGUCUAAAAAUGCUCUGCGUCCACACUAUCAUUUUCGGUCGUUUUCACAGAGUUGUGCAUCCACAUUGAAACAGCUGAAAACACUUGCGUUCCAGUACUGUGCAUGCAUGAAACGCAAAAUGUCGAGGAAAAGCACUGAGUUUUUUAAAUGGACUAACAAUGAGGUGGAGUUGUUGCUGCGAGUAACACAGAAGUACAAAGUUGCAAAAGCGAUUGAGAAUUAAAGAAUUUAAAGAAAAGCUAUCUGGCGCAUGUACAAACUGAUGUUAAGCUGUAAUAGGGCUGUCAAAAUUGAGAGCAAUCAAAACAACUGCUGUAUAAUGCCCUCUGCUAUCUUGGUUUAAUUGGUCACGACUGCAUCACAGGACUAACAUGUGUCAUUGUUUUCGAAAGUCUGCGUUUUCGCUGUCCACACUAUGACACGAAAGCUCUGUUUUCAAAUGUAUUUGUUUUCGAGAGCGUUUUCAAAAUGCUGCGUUUUCCUUGAGCCAAAACGCCGUCUCAGUGUGGACAGGAGGCCAAAACUGAGAGAAAACGAGAUAACGUUUUCAUUUUCCAACAAAAACGCAUUACUGUGGAUGUAGCCAUUUAUUUGGAGUUUUCACCUCAGUGCUAUUUACCUCAAAUAAAAUGAAAUCU